GGGGUAGGAAGGGAGAACCAAAGGAGAGGAGGCGGGAACGGACGAAUCCAUUGCGAGCCGAACCCGGGGGAGGUGUCGGGGAGGCCCCGGGGCCGCUGGUUGGAGAUGCUGCGGCGCCUUUUGGGGGGGGGUCUUCGAGGCGGGGGAGGGACCCCCCAAAAUCCCCCCUGGGGGGGGGGUGGGACCCCCAAACCUCCUCCAGGUUGGGGAGGGGUCCCCCAAAAUCCCCUCAGGGGGGGAGGGGUCCCCCAAAAUCCCCCCGCCCGCGGCGCCGCCGACCAAACCCCCCCGGACCUGGCGCGGGAGCGCUGCAAGGCCGUCACCUCCUUCUACCACCAGCCCGCCAUCGACGCCGCCGCCGAGAGGCCCUCGGUGCGCCUGACCCCCACCACGAUGCUCUACUCGGGGCGCUCGCAGGACGGCAGCCACAUCCUGAAUAGCGCCCGGUACCUGCAGCAGGAGCUGCCCGUGCGCAUCGCCCACCGGAUCCGCGGCUUCCGGAACCUUCCCUUCAUCAUCGGCUGCAACCCGACCAUCCUGCACGUGCACGAGCUCUACAUCCGCGCCUUCCAGAAACUGAGCGACUUCCCCCCGAUCCAGGUGCGCAGCGAUGAGGCGCAGUACUGUGCGCUGCUGCGGCAGCUGCUGGAGGAUCACAAGGACGUCGUGACGCUGUUGGCCGAGGGGCUGCGGGAGUGCCGGCGGCACAUACAGGACGAGCGUUUGCUGCGGCCGUUCCUGGACAAGACGCUGACGUCGCGCCUGGGGAUGCGAAUGCUGGCGGCGCAUCACCUGGCGCUGCACGAGGACAAGCCGGAUUUCGUCGGCAUCAUCUGCACCCGCCUGUCCCCCAAGAGACUCGUCGAGAAGUGGGCAGACUUCGCCAGGCGUCUCUGCGAGCACCAGUACGGGACGGCGCCGCGCGUGCGCAUCAACGGCCACGUGGCCGCGCGCUUCCCCUUCAUCCCCCUGCCCCUGGACUACGUCCUGCCCGAGCUGCUCAAGAACGCCAUGAGGGCCACCAUGGAGUCCCACCUGGACACGCCCUACAACGUCCCCGACAUCGUGGUGACCAUCGCCAACAACGACAUCGACCUCGUCAUCCGGAUCUCGGACCGUGGCGGUGGCAUCCCUCACGAGCUGCUGGACAAGGUGACCGAGUACCACUUCAGCACGGCCGAGGCCAGCGCGCAGGACCCGCGCCUGGGGGGGCCCUUCCGCGGCCUGAUGGACGCCAGCGGCCAGCCGGGACCCAUGCACGGGUUCGGCUUCGGGCUGCCGACGUCGCGCGCCUACGCCGAGUACCUGGGGGGGUCCCUGGUGCUGCAGUCCCUGCAGGGCGUCGGCACCGACGUCUACCUGAGGCUGCGGCACAUCGACGGCAAAGCCGAGAGCUUCCGCAUCUAGGGGGGCUUCCAGGUGGACAUCGGUCAUCGGGGCCGCGGCCGGACCCCAAAGUUGGGUGAGAACCAUGGAGAACCUUCCAAAGUUGGACUUUUGGGUCGUGGAACCCCUAAAAGUUGGGUUUUGGUCAUUAAAAUGGUGGAGAACCUUCCAAA